AUGCGAUCGUCGAGAAGAUCAAGAACCUUGGUGCGGCUCGCCAGGGUUGUUCUGAUGGUCGACAAUACCGCCCUGUUGUCUGGCCAUUGGACUGCGGACACCAAAGACUUUUACAUUCCUGUGGAAUGGGGAGCUUUCGUGCAUCAGGUCAUGUCAGGACAGGCUGCACUAUUGGCAGAGGCGGUUCGAAAAGAUCUUGACACCUUGACGAAGUGUCAUAUGCUACGACCACUAGAAUAUUUUGGUCAACGCUUCGUCCAGGCGCAGUGGAGAGAUUUCGCGGUUGCUCUUGUCUACACUUAUGUCGAUGUCGAACCCCGACCUGGCAAGAUCUGCGCCCUUGGUGCAAUGCAAGGCACCUCAAACGAACCCAUCUUCCCCGAAUGCACUCGGUCCUUCCGUGUGCCGGGAGGCUCUUGCUCCGUCACCUUCUGA